AUGAACCUUGAGGGUAGCAGUGCCCAUGCCAGUGGUGAUGAUGGUGCAGACCCCUCUGGUGCGGGUGGUGGUGAUUCAGAUGCAGUUCUGCGUAGUGUGGCUCAACAUGUUAUAGCUCAGAUUGCAUGGAGCUCUAGAGGGCAGGGAGGCAUACCGAUAGAUCAGGAUUGUACCAUUGAGAAGUUUAUUAAAAUGAAUGCUCAAACAUUUUUAGGAGGAUUCGAUCCUGUUGUGGCUAAAAAUUGGACGCAAGAGAUCGAGAAAAUAGGGACAGUGCUCCACUGUAUGGAUGAACUGAGGGUUCUUUAUGCUACCUAUAAAUUAACAAAAAUCUUCUUUGAUCAUUAUUUUCCUGCCACUGUCAGAGAGGCUAAGGUAAUAAAAUUUGUAAAAUUGACUCUGGGAAGUCUCACAGCCCAGCAAUAUGCGGCAAAGUUCAUUGAGCUAUCACGCUUUGCCCCCUACAUCAUCCCAAAUGAGGUGAAAAGGGUGAGGAUGUUUGAGAGGGGCUUGAGGCAAGAUAUCUUCAAGCAGGUGGCAGUCCUAAAAAUGGAGGAUUUAUCUGAAUUGGUGGAUAGGGCCACCGUAGCAGAGGAGAGUGAACAGAAAGAUGCGUGGACCCCGAGUUAG